UUCAUUCUAUCUAUCUCACACUUGAACAUGAUGACGACAGCGGGACCAUCUCAUCCGCCCAUCACGAUCCUCAAGCGAACCCGAGCUGAUCUAGGACUGGCUCAGAACAAGUUUCUGAAAAAGACAGCCAAGGGCAAGGUCCUGUCCUUCCUACGUGAACGAUAUGUACGAGACGAUAUCCCUUGUGGAUUCGAAGGAUGCGAUCAGUGUCGGGACCUUCCAGGAUACAAACCUGUGCUACAGAAAGGAUAUCGGCAUACGAAGAUCGAUCCUCAUUACCUCGUCAUCGAUACCAACAUAGUCUUACAUCAGAUGGACUUGCUCGAGGCUUUCCCGCCGGAUCUUGCCUUGAUUAUACCUUCGACAACGAUAAGAGAGACACGACAUCGCUCUUUGCCAUUGUAUAAUCGCCUGCAGCAACUAGUGCAAGAUGAUGAGCGAAAAGUCUGGAUCUGGUGGAACGAGGAGCGUAGAGAGACAGCGACGCAUGCCGAGGAGAAUGAAGGUCCGAACGAUAGGAAUGAUCGAGCCAUCCGCUUGACCUGUCAUUUCUACAAUCAGCACUUGCCAAUUGGUCAUCCUUUGAUCGUGUUGCUGACCGACGAUCGGAGAAAUCGAGAGCUUGCCGAAGCUGAAGGACUCGUUUGCUGUAAUACGAAAACCUACGUGGACGGUCUGGUGCCCGAAGUCAGACAAGAUCUGGUCGAUUUGGUGGUCGGAGGAGUCGAUGCGGAAGUUGUGACCCGAGGUAGAAGAGUAUACGAAGAGUAUCUCUCGCAAGAUGUCUUGAAUGCUGGCAUCAAGACUGGGAGAUUUGUUCAAGGAUACUUCAAUGCCAGUCAAUACAAUUAUCUCGAGGGCACAGUCAGUGGUAUCCUGCUGGCCGGACGACAGGCAAUGAACCGAUCUGUCCAAGGUGACCUCGUGGUGGUCGAGCUUCUACCCAAGGCAGAAUGGAGGGCACCGGGUCAAGACGUCGUCGACGCUGAUGUAGAUCAACGGAACGAUGAUGUAGAGAAUGAAGUGGAGGCAAAGGAGAAAAUCCAAGAAAACGUGGGACGGCCAGUACCUACGGGCAAGGUAGUUGGAGUCGUCAAGAGGAACUGGAGAGCCUACGUGUGCCACCUGGAUCGAUCAUCACUCUUGCCGGAAGCUCAGCUCGCAAGUCUCUCGCAGCAGACAGUGUUCGCAACACCACUGUCCGUCACGCUCCCCAGGAUCCGUCUGCGGACUCGUCAGGCACCUACUCUCGUUGACCAGAAGAUCCUCGUCACCAUCGACUCGUGGUCGCCUUUCUCGCGUUACCCGGAUGGUCACUUUGUCCGUGCCCUCGGGAAAGUCGAGAGCAAAGAAGCGGAACAGGAAAGUCUACUGCUGGAGUAUGAGGUGCCGUACAGGCCAUUUGGAAAGGCAAUCCUCAAUUGUCUGCCCGUCGAAGGCGAUUCCUGGAAAGUGCCGCCGAAGGGAGACCUAGUCUGGCGUGAUAGGGAGGAUUUGAGAGAUCUCAUCGUCUGCAGUAUCGACCCGCCGGGCUGCCAAGAUAUCGACGACGCCCUGCACGCCAGGGAGCUGCCAAAUGGCAACAUCGAGGCUGGUGUCCACAUUGCCGACGUAUCGCACUUUGUCCUCCCGAACAAUCCGAUGGACUCGGAAGCAGCAUCGCGAGGUACAACAGUGUACCUGGUCGACAAGCGUAUCGACAUGCUGCCGGCACUACUUGGUACGAACCUAUGCUCGCUUAGACCUUUUGUGGAGCGGUUGGCGUUCUCCGUGAUCUGGGAAAUGAAUGAUGAUGCGGAGAUUGUCAAUGUGCGCUUUGUCAAGUCUGUGAUCGCUUCGAAAGAGGCUUUCACGUAUGAAGCGGCUCAAAACCGGAAGGAUGGCCCUCUUAAGGAUCCUCUCACCCAGUCCAUCCGUCUUCUGAACACACUCGCCAUCAAGCUUAAAGCUGCGCGUAUGCGAGCAGGUGCACUUUCCUUGUCCUCGCCUGAGCUCAAGAUCCACCUCGCGUCCUCUGAAUCCGCCGAACCAAUUGACGUCGAGCAAAAGCAAUUGCGGGAGACCAACUCGUUAGUGGAGGAGUUCAUGCUCCUUGCGAAUAUCAGUGUCGCAGCCAAGAUCCAAGAGACUUUUCCAGCAACUGCUGUUCUGAGGCGCCAUGGUGAACCUCCCAAGACCAACUUUGAGGCGCUUCAAGAUAUUCUUCACAAACGACGCGGGAUGACACUCGAUGUAUCCAGCUCGAAAGCGUUGGCAGAGUCACUAGACGCGUGCGUGGAUCCUCAACGUCCUGAAUUCAACACGCUCGUACGUAUCAUGGCGACAAGGUGCAUGUUGGCGGCCGAGUACUUUGGCUCAGGAAGUGUUUCCAAAGAGGCUUAUCGGCAUUAUGGUUUGGCAACGCCCAUUUAUACCCAUUUCACGUCACCGAUCCGACGAUAUGCCGAUGUGCUUGUGCAUCGUCAACUUGCAGCCGCGAUCAAUUAUACGCCUCUGCAUCCUUCAUUGCAGUCCAAAUCGCAUAUCGAGAAGACUCUGAAUGUGGUCAAUAAGCGCCAUCGACUGGCCCAGAUGGCAGGCAGAGCCAGUGUGGAGUUCUAUGUCGGCCUGGCACUGAAGGGAGCGGCUCGACGAGAAGAUGCGUUCGUGAUUCGAACGUUUCGAAACGGUUUGGCCGUAUUUGUCUCAGCUCUUGGUCUCGAGGGGUUGAUCAUGUUCAAAGACAUCGAGUAUGAUGCGGAGAAUUAUAUAAUCACAGUGGGAGGCGUGACAAUCGGCGUGUUUGAUAGAGUCAGGGUGGAAGUAGGCGUUGAAAAGGAUAAGAACACCCAGCGAGGCAAAGUCAAGAUGGUCAUGAUAGAGCCGGUCAAUCAAACUUUGUAACUAUUUAUUCACAAGGAUAUUUUGUCAUUUGACCA